UCAUUGGCGGGAAGUUUGGCGCCAAGUUUAAAUUGCUUCUUGAGCCCUAGCGGCGGUGGCUAUGGCUGAUCCAAGAAUGUCCGACUAUGCGCGCAAGAGGGCCGAGAACAUGGCGAGGAACGCCGAGAAGCUCGCGGAGCUGGGGAUCCAUGAGGCGGCCAAGUUUCUCCAGAUUCCAAUCAGGGAGCAGCAAAAGAGAAAACCCAAAGGGUAUAAAUCUGAGAAGAAGAGGCCCAGAGAUGAACAGCCGCUUGUAAUUCGGAGGUCACUGCGUACUCGAGGAAUCUCUCCAGAGGUCGGGCCUCUCAAGGACGAACUUUCCGAUGCCAAAGUGGUGCCAGAGCCAGAGAAGCUUGACAAACUUAACUGGGAGAAGCCUGUUUCCUUCUCUGACGUUCGUGUCAACGACGAGCUCUCAGAUGAUUCAGUGCGUGCUCGCAUUGGCGAGGCAGUAAAAGGCGAGUGUUUGGUAAACUCGGAGGACCAGCGACCAAAGGACGACUUUGAGCCGCUAUCUUUGAAACUCGCUGAGAAGGACGUCGUGAGGAUUGUGCCGGAGAAAAUUCUCAGCCUGAUUCUCCUUCCUCUGAGUUCAAAGCUGGUGGUGGCUGCCGGGGACAGAGCGGGAAAUAUCGGCCUCUGGGAUGCUGAUUACAACGAGGAGAGUGACGAAAGUGUUGUCCACAUUUAUCGGCCUCACAGGAUACCUGUUACAGCAAUAGCAAGCGCACCUGCGAGCUUUACACAGAUUGCGACUUGCAGCUGUGAUGGUUCUGUCCUCCUCAUGGACAUUGACAAAGCGGCUUUCAGCAGAGUGUUUUUAUCUGACGAGUCCUUAAGUGCCAUGAGCUAUCUCGCAGAGAGCACGCACGUUAUUUCCAUUGGUGACUACGAAGGAGAUAUGAAACUAGUGGAUGCAAGAAGCUCCACGGUAGCGUCACACUGGAAGCUGCACGAGAGACGCAUUCACUCCAUAGACUCUACGCCGCAGCGGCCUCACCAGGUUGCUACAAGUUCCGGAGAUGGAACAGUCUCCCUGUGGGACGUCCGCGUCACAAAGAGGAACCUGGCAACCAUGACCCACGGAAAAGCCGUGCACUCGGCAUACUUCUCACCAUCGGGAGAUCAACUGGCUUCGACCAGUUAUGACGAUCACGUAGGCCUCUGGAGUGGAAAGCACAAUGACGAUCCCGUCAUGAUCAGCCACAACAAUCAGACAAACCGCUGGAUUGCGACGUUCAGGGCAAUUUGGAGCUGGAGUGACAACUACGUCUACAUUGCAAACAUGAGCAGAGCCAUCGAUGUGAUAUCCACUCGCGAGAACAAACUGGUUGCAUCGCUUCGAAGCGAGGAAAUGACUUCCAUACCUUCGAGACUGGCACGGCAUCCUCUUUUACCUGGAGUUCUGGCCGGUGGCACUGCCGGUGGCAAAAUCUUUCUGUGGAGAAGUUAAUCGUGUUCAAUCAACACUGACUCCUUUUUUUA